AUGCGCCAAGACGACGGACUCCAGGGAACAUCGGCGCCGCCGCCGCGGUCCGGCGCCGCCGCCUCCGCUGCAGAUCGGCUCGAGCCCGCCACCGAGCAGGGCGAGGAAGACGAGUUCAACCUGAUAGAAGGGUACGAAACGGCCUCGACGGGGUCGACGAGCGUCACGUCGAGCAUCUACGCUCACACGUACGAGAAUGGCCGGCGGUAUGCCCACUUCAAGAAUGGGCGGUACCCGAUACCCAACGACGACCAGGAGCAGGACAGGGAGGACAUGAAGCAUGCCAUGUUCAUGGAGCUCAUGGAUGGGCAGCUCUUCUACGCCCCGAUCGGGGACGAUCCGCGCGUGAUUCUCGACGUCGGUACGGGGACAGGCUUAUGGGCCAUUGACGCUGGCGACAGAUUUCCAGGCGCACGCGUACGUGGCAUCGACUUGGCACCCAUCCAGCCUGCAUGGGUGCCUCCAAACGUCGACUUCCUCGUCGACGACUUCGAAAACGACUUCAUCACGCGCGACUGCGACCUGAUCCACUUUAGAUUCAUAGCUAGCAUUCUGAAGGUGAAGACGGUGCCUGCAAUCCUGGGGAAUGCCUACCAAGCGCUCAAGCCCGGCGGAUGGAUAGAGAUGCAAGAGCUGUGCGGGGCUCCCCUCUGCGACGACGGCACCAUGCCCGACGACGACCCGGUCAAGAAGAUGUACGACCUGGCCGCCCAGGCCUUUGCCAGGUUCGACGCCGACGUCCGGCUGGCGAGCGACCUCGGCACGCACCUCCGCGAGGCCGGCUUCGAGAACGUAAAGUGCAUCGUCAAGAAGGUCCCCAUCGGCGUGUGGGCCAAGGACAAGACGCUCAGGCUCAUCGGGCUCUACCAGAAGACGGCCAUCCUCCAGCUGAUGCCUGCCCUGGCCGGGAGGCCCUUUGAGGCCUUGGGCAUGGCCAAGGCCGAGAGCGAAAUCGUGCUGUCCCUCGCUCGUAAGGGGCUGGAGGAUACCGGCGCUCACCGAUACUUUAACUAUUACUUCUGGUAUGCACAGAAGCCGGGGGCGGCUUGA